AAGAUGUGAAGGGGAAAUGCCAAAAAGUUUCCAUUUCGUUUACUUUGAAAAAAGGCUGUUUGAAUUUGAACCAAAUAAUUACUCCAUCUUGAUUUCAUUUUGUUUCUUCUCUUUGGCUUUGUUCUUUUCGCCGUUGUUCAUAUUCGAUAGAUCAAUCGAUUAUAGUUUUUUAAUCCGCCGAUUCUACCCUAUGUUUUGAUCGGAAAUCAAUUUCUGAUUAUUCGAUCAAACCCCAAACGAACUUCGUCCUCGCUGUUGCUGACGAUUGGGGUUUGUAAAUUGUAAUCUCUCUUCCCGUUUUCUGUAGUUGAAAUUAGGGUUUGAUUUGGGGAUUCCCAAUUUCUCCCCCCUUUUCAAUUUAGGAACCGCCUCCGGGGGGGGUUUCUUGUUCGAAUUUCGACAUGGGGAAUCCGAUUUGAGAGUUUCCUAGGUUUUAAUUUCACGACAGACAAUGUUGGUUUUGGGGCGGCAGCCAUUGAUGUGUUCUGAAAUCAUCGUGUGGAUUCAUUAGUUGUUUUUUUAUUUUUCAGUCAUUUGAUGCCUAAGUUUCAUUCAGGACUUCUGUCGAACAGUUGGUUUGCAGGUGCAGUUUCUCUACCCAAGUUUCUGAAUUUCCGGUGGAUUAUGGGCUGUAUUCACGGCAAAUGUUGCCGGAAAUAUCCACAUUCGUCGGACGGCGACAACAACGGCGAAAACUUGGGUCGAAACAUUCAAAUCCCUGCACCUUCUUCUUUAGAGGUAGUUGCUGUGCCUUCAAGCAACCUUAAAUUAUGCUAUUCCUUGCUAUCGCAGCGUGGCUAUUACCCCGAAACCCCGAACAAGGAGAAUCAGGACGCAUAUUGUAUUAGGACAAACAUUAGAGGCAAUCCCGACGUGCAUUUCUUCGGAGUUUUUGACGGCCACGGCAUGUCGGGUGGGCAAUGCUCAAAUUUCGCCAAGGAAAGGCUAAUCGAGAUAUUGUCCAACGACGCCUCGUUGUUGGAUGAUCCGAUUAAAGCUUACAGCAACGCGUUCUUGGCGACGAAUGAGGAGCUGCACAACAGCGGGAUCGAUGAUUCGAUGAGCGGGACUACCGCCAUCACGGCAUUGGUGAUUGGGGACAAGCUUUAUGUGGCGAAUGUCGGGGAUUCGCGCGCCGUUUUGGCUGUUAAGGAAGGAGGAGAUGGCGUUGUCGUUGGUCGCGACUUGUCGUACGAUCAAACGCCGUUUAGGAAAGAUGAGUGUGAGAGGGUGAAGCUUUGUGGGGCGAGGGUGUUGAGCGUCGAUCAAGUUGAAGGGCUGAAAGAUCCCACGAUUCAGUCGUGGGGGGAUGAGGAGACCGAGGGGAGCGAUCCGCCGCGAUUGUGGUAUCAGAAUGGGAUGUAUCCGGGGACAGCGUUUACACGGAGCGUCGGGGAUAGUAUUGCGGAGAAAAUUGGCGUUGUUGCCGAUCCCGAGGUGUCCGUUGUGCAGCUUACGUCGGGACAUCCCUUCUUUAUCGUUGCUAGUGAUGGUGUUUUCGAGUUCUUGUCCAGCCAAACUGUCGUGAGCAUGGUUAACAAAUACGCAGAUCCUCGAGACGCCUGUUCUGCCAUAGCUGCGGAGUCGUUCAAAUUAUGGUUGGAGAACGAAAAUCGAACUGACGAUAUCACGCUCAUCAUUGUACAAAUCAAAGACCUGAAUAAUGUAUGACCCGAUCGAUCAGAUGACUUCUUUAGUAGCUCGCCAAGUUUAUCGUACGUAGCCUUGUUUAUCAUCAUCGACUUUUUUUGGCGAUGAUUGUGAUGUACAUUUCGACUCGUUCCCACUUUUAUGAAAUAUCGUUUCAAUUA